UGCCUAAAAAACCGAGAGGGGAGCGCGCUCCGAGCAUUCACGGAUCUCAAGCACGGAAAUCCUGCAUUCCCAGGCUCUGCUCUACUCUGCCCUGACCAUGGAUGCGUUAUCAUCUGGCAUGCACUUGACUCUGUGCACUUGGCUUGUUUGCUCUUUGCAUCUCUGUGCCGUUACCAAAGCGGAGGUAACUUGCGUAUCGUGCCCGUUACCAACGCUCGUAAGAAUCGGGGACGUCCAAAACAAUGCACGCACUAUCACUGUCACUAUCACUCCUACAGAGGCUGGGAAAUCACUUGUCAGUUCCGCGCGCUCGAGAUCGCAACCGGGAGUUCAGGAGUUGGGAACGAGCGCGAGCGGCGCGCCAAACUCGAGAGAAGUGGAAGUGAUGGUGGCGCGUGCACCCGGUGCGAAACCGCGGCGCGAUCAAACUACGCGGGGACACCGGGAUUGUGCGAAAGUGGGUCAAACCGGCGCUGCGCUCCCGAGACGCAGACGGAGCGCGGCGCAACCGGACGAGCUUGGCGCGCGCGCGCGGAGCGGAGACUCCGCGGAGUCCUCGGACGCGCUGCUGUUCGUGGACGGACAGAAACUGCGGCGCAACCGCGACGAGGGGAAAGUCGCCGCUUCCAGGUCGAAGGAACCCAAAGUGAGCAGUACCACUUUCGCCCUGGCUGGAGACUCCGCUCACAACCACGCUGUGGUUUACUGGACCGGACCGAACAGCAGCGUGAUUCUGAUCCUGACCAAGCUUUAUGACUUCCAUUUGGGCAGCGUCACUGAAAGCUCCCUAUGGAGAUCAACAGACUAUGGCACCACCUAUGAGAGAAUGAAUGACAAAGUUGGAGUAAAGACAGUCCUCAGUUACCUGUAUGUCUGUCCCACCAACCAAAGGAAGGUAAUGUUGUUGACGGAUCCGGAGUUCGAAAGCAGCGUCCUCAUUAGCUCUGAUGAAGGGGCCAGCUACCAGAAAUACCGCCUCAGUUUCUACGUCUUAAGUCUACUUUUUCAUCCUUCACAAGAGGACUGGGCUCUGGCCUAUAGCCUUGACCAGAAGCUGUACAGCUCAUUUGACUUUGGACGGAAGUGGCAUCUCGUUCACGAGCGAGUGACCCCCAACCGCUUCUACUGGUCUGUAAGUGGUCUGGAUAAGGAAGCCGAUCUGGUGCACAUGGAGGCGUACACUUCAGAUGGAAAUUGUCAGUACAUGACGUGCAGAGCCCAGGCUUGUUAUGAAUCAAGUAGGACGUUCCCGUUCCCCGGCUACAUCGAGCCAAACUCGCUGGUGGUUCAGGAUGAAUACAUCGUCAUUCAGGUCACCAUGUCUGGGAGAGCUGCUUAUUAUGUGUCUUACCAAAGGGGACCAUUUGUACGCAUCAAAAUACCUAAAUACUCCCUUCCAAAAGACAUGCACAUCCUGAGCACAGAUCAAGGUCAGGUUUUUGCUGCUGUGCAAGAAUGGAACCAGAACGACACGUACAACCUGUACAUCUCAGAUCCACAUGGUGUUUACUUCACUCUGGCUUUAGAAAAUGUCAAGACCACCCGAGGUCAUGGAGGCAACAUUAUGAUAGACCUAUAUGAGGUAGCAGGAAUCAAAGGCAUGCUGAUUGCUAAUAGGAAAGUGGAGAACCAGGUGAAGACUUACAUCACUUAUAACAAGGGCCGGGACUGGAGGCUGCUGCAGGCGCCCGCUACGGACCUGGAGGGGAACGAGAUUUACUGUGUGCAGCCAUUUUGUUCACUUCACCUACAGCUGCAGAUGUCAGAAAACCCCUACAUCUCUGGAAGUAUUAUCACCAAGAACUCAGUACCAGGAGUGAUCAUCGCUAUAGGCAAUAUGGGCUCUGAGCUCUCAUUCAACAAUGUAGGAAUGUUCAUAUCAUCAGAUGCUGGAAAUACCUGGAGGCAGAUAUUUGAUGAGGAGCACAAUGUUUGGUUCCUGGAUAAAGCAGGAGCUCUACUUGCAGUCAAGCAGCCAACAGUUCCUACAAAGCAUUUCUGGAUCAGUUUUGAUGAAGGGAGACAGUGGACACAUCAUAUUUUCUCAGCCAUACCUCUGUUUGUGGACGGUGUUCUGGUCGAGCCAGGCAUGGAAAAUCAGAUCCUGACGUUUUUCGGACACUUAAGUGAUCGUUCUGAGUGGCAGCUGAUCAAGAUCGACUACAUGUCCUUGUUUACUAAGCGCUGUGCCGAAGGCGACUAUCAAACGUGGCACUUGCACAAUCAGGGUGAGCCAUGUGUAAUGGGCCAAAAGCAGAUCUUCAUCAAACGCCGCCCGGGAAACUACUGCAUGAUGGAAAAGGACACCAGGGUCCUAUCGGCUGAGCCUUGUAUCUGUAGAGCACAUGAUUUUGAGUGUGAUUACGGCUAUGAGCGGAGAGGAGACGGUAACUGCCUGCCUGCAUUCUGGUUUAAUCCUUCCACUGUAUCACGGAGCUGCAGUCACGGGCUGAACUAUUUUAAUAGCACAGGUUAUCGCAAAGUAGCAGCAAACAACUGCACCAAAGGGGUAAAGGAGAUGUACACAGCCAGAAAACAGCAGUGUCCUAAUCGCCCACCUCGAGGACUGCACCUGGCAACCCGUGACAACACCCUCAAAACAAACAUGGGCUCCAACGUCACCUUCAUUGUACAACUGGAAGAGGGAGACUCGAUGAGGACGAAUAUCCAGUUGGACUUUGGGGAUGGGACGACAGUGUCCUACUCUAACCUCAGCUGGACGGGGGAGGGUAUCAGACAUGUGUACCACAGCACAGGAAUCUUCCGUGUCACUGCCAUCGCUGAGAACAGCCUGGGAACUGACUCCAGCUCCCUGUACCUGCACGUGACAUCUCCUGUUGAGCAUGUCCAGUUGCUGUCUCCUUUUGUGGUCAUUAAGAACAAGGAAGUGAACUUGACUGCUUUAGUCUGGCCUUCUCACUUUCGAACUCUCACCUACUUCUGGUGGCUGGGGAACAACACAGAGCCAAUGAUCACUUUAGAGAGCAGUAUAUCCUACGUGUUUCCUGCGGAAGGGACGUACACCGUAACGGUGCAGGUCUCAUCGUCCAACCUCAUACUUCAAGACACCAAACAAAUCGUUGUGCAAGGAUACUUUAAAUCCUUGCUUUUAUCUUUUUCUCCAAAUCUGGACGAGGCCAACCCUGACAUUCCGGAGUGGAGGCACGAUGUAGGCAGGAUAAUUAAAAAGGCUGUGCUCCAAGUAACCGAUAUUCCUGCUGAACAGCUCCUGGUAGCAGUAUACCCAGGACUUCCAACAGCUGCUGAGCUUUUCCUGCUUCCCAGCAAGAAUCAGUCAGACAACAGGAAAGGGAAUGAGGAGGAUCUUGAGCAGAUUUCAGAAAUUCUCUCCAAUGCAUUGAACCAGAACUUGGUAGAAUUUGAGCUGAAACCAGGAUCCGGAGUCAUAGUUUACAUCACACAGCUAACAUUAGCUCCACUGGUGGACUCGAUCCCUAGACAUAGCAGUUCUGCCAUGCUGAUGCUACUCUCAGUGGUUUUCUUGGGUUUAGCCAUCUUCCUCAUUUACAAGUUCAAGAGAAAAAUUCCCUGGAUUAAUAUAUACGCUGAGGUGAACCAAGAGAAAGAGCAGGAAAUGAUUGGCACGGUGGGUCAGAAUGACACAACACCUAAAAUCAAGCUCAGCGAGUUCUCCAGCCCCAAAGAGCUUAUGGAGAAGGACUUGGAAGUCCGUGUUAAACGUGGAAUGAUCAAUGCCUGCGAAAGCACAAGAGAGAUUCCCAACUGUACGAGUGUCUGAAUGAAACAAGUUGGAAGUGCAGUGUAAUCAAGUGUACAGAAGUGUUGCCAUUUUGAAAGUCCUCUAUGUUCUUCAUUUUGUAAUUUCAGAAACAGUCAUUGUUAAUAGUUUUCUAAGGACCUCGUUUAUACAGAUUUGCAUGGAAGUCUUGUUUGAUAAGAUCUAUGCUGAAAAUCUAAAUGCUUAAUGAGACCUUUUUAAUGAUGAUUGAAAUCAUUGCUUG